AUGUUCGGACUUUUUGAAGACAGCCACAACCAGGUCUACAACGGCCAACAACACGAGAGCAAGUUCUCUCACGAGCUCGUUGCCGGUGCUGCCUCUUUCGCUGCUGCCAAGAUCUUCGAGGACAAGCAACGUAAGGAGGGCAAGCCCGUCUCUCACCAAUUCGCUAAGGAGGCUCUUGCUGGUAUUGCCGGUGCUGAGGUCGACAAGCUCUUCGAGUCCAAGGGUCUUAACUACCUUGACAAGGAGAAGGUCAAGCACCAAGCCCAACAAAACGUCCAACAAGGAUACGAUGACCACUACGGCAGCCAAGCCCAAUGGGACCCCAACCACCCUCCUUCCGUUUAA